AUGAUUUAAAAUGAAUUUAAUUUCGAGGAAGUCUGUGAUGAUUCUUAAUUGUGCUAAAACAAUUAGUGUUAAUUAAAUCACUCAAGAGUUUUUGUUGGAGUUUGUAUAACUUUUUUAAGGAUUCAAUAAAAAUUUAUUAAUGAUGGAGGAGAUUUAGAUGAUUUUGAACUAAAGAAAUGCAAGAAAAAGGAUUGCAUAUUAUGGCACUUUUCUAAUGAUAAAUUUAAAGAUUAAGCUUAAAAAUAAACUAUCAAUGGUGUAUUUCCACAUAAUUUAUGUCCAAAGGGUUGUAAUUUACAAAAUUGUCGGUUUUUGCAUAGAGAAUGGGCGUAGAAUGUGUGUUUUGAUUACAUUCUUAAAAACUGUAACAAGAAACCAAANAGACUUUAUACUAAUUAUGGUAUUGGAGCUUGGAUGACCAAAGAAGAAUUGACUAUUGAAGCUAUCAAAAAUUACAAUCCUGAAGAAUUAUUACCAGAUAAAGUAAACAUAUCAUUUCUUUCUCGACAUCUUAAGAAGUAUGGUUAUGACAUUUAAGAAACAAAUGUUGUCAAUAAACAAUUUUCUUCUGUUUUAAAAGCAUUUAAGGCUCAUUUUUCAUGUAAUCAGAUUCCUUAAAAAUAUAAUGAUGAACCAGAUAUGAUGGAUAUGAUAUGGAUUUGGGGAUUAACAGCCAAGUAUAAAAAAUACUUAAAUAAAUUAUGAAAUCUUAAAAUAGAG